AUGGCUUCUCAUCGAGCGAGCAUGGUGAAUAUGAGUAUAAGAGAUAGCUUAUACAUGCACCCAUUAGAGAAAUAUGAGAGGUUCGGUAUAUAUCCCUGAAAAAUCGUUAUCCAGAUCUUGCUUCUUAUCACCACCACUUGCCAAGUCCUUAUAAUUGUUUUUAAUUAAGCUAUAAAUAAAUGGCAUUUGGCUCAAGAGAAAUUAGAUUUGCUAAUUUAAUUUCAUUUAUGGGAUUUGGCUUUAACUGGAGAAUUUUUGGGCAGUAGUUGCAUAGGUGUAGAGCAGCUGCUUUUCAGCGCAUUCAAGAGGAUUUUAACCACUCAGCACGCCCGAAGAGGGUGACCCUUAGACGAAAUACGCAGGAGCUGAGCCUGACAUGAGUGAGAAGUGAGAUUAAUCUAAGGGGACAUGUCAAGUAAUCCCUUCCCAUAUUUUGUGCUAUUUUAAGUGAUAGGAUGCUCUUUAAUAGGGAGUGGGCACUGUACACCUUAAGCACUUAAUUUAAUAUCCCGUUUUUAAUUCUGCUUCAUACUCAUAUACUCAAUAUACUUUAUGAAAUAAAUUAUUUUUGAACCCAGACGUCCAAGGCUCUGACACAACAAUUACAAACUCUUAUAAUGUUUUCAGCAUCAGAGAUCUAACUCACUUUUUGCAAAAAACAGUUGAUAGAUAUUAUCACGUGAAUUCCCAUACAUUAGAUAAUUAUUCCUACGAAUACGAAGAUGAUGGGAGUAUUCAAAAACCCAGACUAUUAGUGGAUUAUUUAGAUUAUGAUGAUGCAAAAAGUAAAGGCUAUGAAAUGGAAUACAAACUGAGUCCUGAAGACCUUGGACCUUUUUCACAUCUGAAUCCAAAAAAUUACUUGGAGCUUGUAAGCAGAUUUGAGAUUAAAAUGAUUUUCAACCAGCAUUUAGAUGAUGAGCUAGACCUUUUCUCAACAUGCUAUCAUUGAGUGUUAAAUCAAAAAUAUGAUUAUUCUGUACAUGGACCUGUUAAUGUGGUAAUGGAUAUUGAUAGAAGCAGCUGCGGCGAUGAAAUUUGUAAGAAAUAUAUGUAGAUGACCCUAUGAAAAAAUUCGUUUGGCUUGGGGUUGCGAUUUUAAUUUUGUCAAUAUGCUCGCUGUGCUCUAUUUUUUUGUAUUUCAUGAAGAGGGCGCUUUUAAUUGCUAAAAUGAGAGGAGGACCUAGAGGAUAUAGAUCUGCUUGGGAUUAUUUAGGAACUCGGGAGAAGCUGAAGUUUUUGAAUUUAUGAGUAAUUUUUAAUAUUAUUGGAAAUAUUUGCCAAAUGUUUUCAGGGAUUUUAACAAUAGUUGACCAAGGCCGAUCUAUGAAUCUCCAUGAAACUCUCAUUGGUUUUGGCUGCUUUACAGCGUGGGUUGGCAUAAUUCAAUAUCUUGAGCAUACUUCACAGACCUACACAAUUGCCAAUACAUUAAAGCGAAGCUUUUCCACUUUGCUUCCCUACAUGGUCGGAAUUCUCCCUAUUUUUAUGGGCUUCACCUUCCUUGCCAUGUGUUUAUUUUGAAAUUGUGGUUUCUACCCUAACACGACUUCUUCUAUGAUGGCUUUAUUUGCCCUACUUUGUGGUGACUCUGUCUACUUUUUCUUCGAUGGUGUUGUUUUAGAAGACAUAGUGAUUGGACAGAUUUACAUGUUUGCUUUCAUCAUAUUUUUUAUCAAGUAAUUUCUAUGAUAGUUGUGUGCACAAUUUAUUUGUUGCGAUAAUUCAAGAAGGGUUUAAUUCCCUCACUCCCCUCUCCUUUAAAUUGGAACAAAAUAUAGGUAAAAAUUUCCAUUUUUUGGUAAAUUAAUCCCCCUUUAAAUUGGAACAAAAUUUUUAUUUUAUAAUAAAAAAUUUUAUAUAGUCAACCUAGUUGACUAUAUAAUUUUUAUGUAAAAAGUUUUGAUAUAAGUUAAAUGUUUCUUCUUAACUAAAAUUCAAAAUUAGUUAUAUCUUGCUCUUAUUUAAAGAGAGAGUAUAAAGAUCAUCUUAUUUAAAAAACAAAUUAUUAUUUUUUUCGAUAAAAAUGAUAUUUUUUAUUUAAAUAGUUUUGAUAUAAAUUCAAUAGAAAUUCUUUAUAAAAUUUCAAAAUUUACUUAUUUUUUGCUUUAUUUUAAAGAGAAGAGUAUAAAUAACAUCUUAUUUAAGCAAAAUUAGCACUUUGAUCGAUAAAUUUCUAAAAUUUUUUUUAUCAACAAAAAAAUAAUAAAUUUUGUGUAAAUAAUUUUGAUACCAAUUAAUAGUGGAGUAUUAACUAAUAAUGAAAAUUUAGUUAUAUCUUGCAUUUUUUUAAAGGAUAAAGAGUAAAUAGCAUUUAUUAAACAAAAUUUUGUGAUCUAAUUCGAUAGGUUUUUGAAUUUUUUUUAUUUAAAUUUUAUAUAUAAAAUUUGUUUUUUUAUAAAAAAUUUUAUAUUGAUAUUUUUUUUUAAAAAAAAAAAUUAACCCCCUUUUAAAUUGGAAUAAAAUUUUUUGUUCCAAUUUAAAGCGGGGGGUCAGUGAAAAGCCAGUAAAAAAAAUAGAUGAGUCAGAGAGUGAAGAAGAUGAAGACGAAAAAGAAGAAAUAGAAACUAUAGAAGAACAAAAAGAACAAACUGAGCCUGAAGAGUCAAUAGAUAAAAGCUUUAAGCGAAUGCAAACUGCGCCUGUUGAAUCUUCUCCGAAGUUUGGAAAGAGAAUAUCUGGGAAAGCUGAAGAACGUAAGAAAUUAUAUAGAAGAAAAAAUUUCAAAAUUAGCAUUCAAGCAAAUUUUGGAAGGCAGAAUUCGCAGCCAAGAUCUAGAGCCACUUGAAAAAAAUACAAAGAAAAGAAUAGAUAAGAUGAAUAAAAUUGCAAAAGAAAUUGCAGAACUGAAAAAAGGCAUUUUGUUUUUAUCAAAGCCGUCAAUUAAUGAAAGAGGAAUUGAUAGGAAGAAAUUGCAAAAUCAUGCUAAGGAUCUUCUUGAAAUCCAGCUGCCAGGUUCUGCUGCUAUGCUUUUGAUAGGUGAAGAUUAA